AUGCGGCCCAUAGGGAGCACUGACCCCAAUGCAGCCGAUCUGGGUGCUGCUGGGCGCCGGCCCAACCGCACCCUCCCCGGGGACUUCGAGGGCCCUGAGCUGCGGGCCACGUCCUGGGUGCGAGGCCCGGCCGUGAGCGGGGAGCUGCAGGGCCCGGCCGGGGCCCUGACCAACGUGUCCUGCGCCGCCGCCAACGCCCACGGGCAGAGCCAGGCCGAGCUGCCCCUCGUUCCUGCAGGUGAUGAUAAUUUCCUGCUCAUGGUCUCCAAUGGAGUCACUGGUGGCAUUUUGCUCCUCUUGGUGCUGGUGAUUGUGGUCUGCAAGGUUGCGAGAGCCAGGAAAAACACAGAGGAUGGUCCUUCAAGAUACAACAACGGAGGCAACGGGGAGCAGGAACCAUCCCCCAAUGGGAAGAAGUCCAGGAAGGUGAAGAAAGAGGAUCAGUCCAACCUGUACAAGGCCAAUGCAGGGGGAAAGCUUCCAGAGCUCACUGCUGAUGACUGUACGAACAUGGAACAAGUGGAAAACGAUGAGAAUUUUGCAGGAGGAGACGUAGUCUAUGAGAACAUCAACAGUUUACAGCCAUGUAUGCCAUCUGACCAGAUCUACUCCAAUGUCUCUCCCUAAAGCAGGAGCGGAAGAGCUGACA